AUGAACGCCCUAUCAGCGAGACCAAGUCCAUGCGCUCGAUCUGCGCUGUCGCAGCGGCGCGCUGGCCGCCCCUGCCGCCCCCUGCGCGCCGCUUCCACCCCGGACAGUGCUCCCAAGGACCCGUUUGCUGAGAAGACGGAGCACAAGGACAACCUGCUCGACCGAGCUUUUAUUUACCUGUUUGCGAAGAAGAUGAGCGACCAGCUGGGGGGCAAGAUGCCGCGCAAGGGCACGCUCACCGACUACGAGGGCUUCGUCGACAUCUCCCGGCUCAUCAUGGCGGGGCGCAACAGUCCGCAGCAGCGCGACGCGGUGCGCGGCGUGCUCAUGUCGAUCAUGCCCGAGGGCGCGCCCGCACAGUUCCGCAAGCUCUUCCCGCCGACGAAGUGGUCGUGCGAGUUCAACGCGUGGAUCACCACCGUCUUCUUCAAGUGGCUGGUGGGGCCCUCGGAGCUCAAGGAGGUGGAGAUCGAGGGGCCCAAGGGGGAGCCGGAGGUGUGGAAGUCCGGCGUGCAGAUCAAGAAGUGCCGCUACCUCGAGAACUCGGGCUGCACGGGCAUGUGCGUCAACAUGUGCAAGCUGCCGACGCAGAGCUUCUUCACCGACGACUUCGGGCUCCCGCUGACGAUGAACCCGAACUUCGAGGACCUGUCCUGCGAGAUGAUCUUCGGCCAGGCGCCGCCCCCGAUCGAGGAGGACGAGGCCUACCAGCAGCCCUGUUUCGUGGGCAAGUGCAGCGUGCCCGGGUCCGACAACAAGGACAGGCCGUGCCCGAAGAUCGACACCGAGCGCAACAAGAAGUAG